AUGCCUAUUGGUGUUCCAAAAGUCCCUUUUCGAAAUCCCGGAGAGGAUAGUUCAAAUUGGAUUGACGUAUACAACCGACUUUAUCGAGAAAGAUUACUUUUUUUAGGUCAAGAUAUUGAUAGUGAGAUCUCGAAUCAACUUAUCGGUCUUAUGGUAUAUCUCAGUACAGAAAGUGAGAUCAAAGAUUUGUAUUUGUUUAUCAACUCUCCUGGCGGAUGGGUAAUACCCGGAAUAGCUAUUUAUGAUACUAUGCAAUUUGUGCGACCAGAUGUACAAACAGUAUGCAUGGGAUUAGCCGCUUCAAUGGGAUCUUUUAUCCUGGUCGGAGGAAAAAUUACCAAACGUCUAGCAUUCCCUCACGCUAGGGUAAUGAUCCAUCAACCUUUUGCUGCUUUUUAUGAAGCACAAAUAGGAGAAUUUGUCCUGGAAGCGGAAGAACUACUGAAACUGCGCGAAAUCCUCACAAGGGUUUAUGCACAAAGAACAGGCAAACCCUUAUGGGUUGUAUCUGAAGACAUGGAAAGGGAUGUUUUUAUGUCAGCAGCAGAAGCCCAAGUUCAUGGAAUUGUUGAUCUUGUAGCAGUUGCAUAA